AUGAUCGACGCCGACUUGUUCAUCAAAAACUCGCCGUUUCGAAUCACCCACAAUGACUCAGCCUCCAGCUACAACUUGGCCAACACCACGCCUGACCUCCUCAAGUUCCAGCUCCAGGAACAGUACCGCAACAAGUUGAAUGAAUUGAAGAGCGACGCUCCAGCAGGCGAGUUCAACUUGCUCAACAUGCAGUUCAUGGAGGACUCGUUCAACCUGCACUUGCAGUCCAACUUGGACAGGGGCCACAUCACACUUACAGAGUCGUUGCCUAGCCUCACAGACGCCCUGGUGGACGACGACGACGACGACGAGAUGGACUCGUUCAUCUUGUCGAACUCGUCCAAGCCCAACUACCUCAACUUGAAGGUGUUGAUCGAAAACUCGAUUUUGGACACCUCCAAGAUCAACAAGGACUCCAUCCUCUCGUUGGCAGCCCUCCGCUCCCUCAAGCUGGUGAUCGAGCAAAAGAAGGAGUUGCACCAGUACCUCGUGUCCAAGAUCACGAUCUCCCAGCAGUUCAUCUCCAGCAUAAUAUUGAAGCAGCCUGAGCACGAGGAGUUGGAUGCAGCGCUCUUGUUGAAGAUCUUGAAGCUGAAUACUGCGCUCCAGGACCAAUUGUUGUCCACCAACUCCGAGUUGGAGGCGUUGUCCAUCAAGUUGAACAACCACAACUUGGCUUGCUUGGUGUUGGGGUACGUGGAGGACGUCAGGCUCUCGUCCUCAAACAAAGACCUGGGCUCCCUCUCCAAGGGAAACACCCAAAUCUCAUCGCCAUUCGGUUCUCCAAGAAGAGCCACCUCAUCUACCUCUCCAAGGAAACCGGUUUCCUCUGAUUCGGUGCUCAAGUCGUUUGAUUCGUUGUUUUCUCACAUAGCCUCCAUUGCUGCGCAAAGGAAUAUCCCAUUGCCCACUCCACCAUCUCCUUCAAGAUCCCAACCCGACACCAUUCAUGCCAGAACCUUAUGGGCCCAAAGCUGUAUUGACGCCGUGCUCAAUAGCGAUUCCACCAAACAACCAGUGAAGGAAGUGUCGUUUCUCAACGAUUCUUCGUUUUUCUCGUCCACCUCUCCUUUAAGAGGCAACCUUAACCCAGCUGAGAAGCAAUUGGCCGAGUACAAGACGGCGUUGAACGAUAUGAGGUUCUCGCACCAAUACUUGACCAAAGAAUACGAGAUUUCCCGGGAAAGUUCCAUGAAGUUGAUACAAGAAUACCGCAAGCGGAUCGCUCAAUUGGAAAAGGAAUUGAACUCGGCCAAAGGCCCUUCCUCCACUUCGUUGUCUUCUAGUGGAAGUCACGAGGACUUGGCAGGAAAAGAUAAAGAAAUCUUCAGACUCCGCAAGGAAUUGAACAUAUUGAAGAUCGAUAGAAUUGGCACCAAGUCCAACAAUGGAAGCUCGUCGCAACUCUUGUUGACAUCGCCUAGAAUGGCCCAAGGAUCCUACGAUUCACCUAUACUUUCCACUUCCAAUACUUUCAACAUUUCUCCAGUCACUGGUGACCUGUUGACUCCCUCCGAUGCUAGCAGUUCAGGAAUGAGCAACGGGAUUUUGAGGAAGGAGUUCAGGAAAAUUGUCAGCGACAUUCAAGAUCAACAUGAGGUGGAGCUCAGUGAAGAGAGGAUACAGAGAAGAAACCUCCAGCUUGAAAUAGAAAAGUUGAGAGCUCAACUCACCCACUGA